AAAACAUAAAUAAAUGUGUGGGGAAGGUGCAUAAGAGGUUAAUAUUCUGAUGAUGGUAGGGACAAAAAGACAAUCAUCAUCAUCAUCAUCACUAAUAAAGAGAUCAAUUUGGAUUAUUGCAUUCGUUUUUGUGUUGUCAUUUUUUUUGGUUGUUGCCUACUAUUAUCAACCAAAACUAAAAGCAAGCCAAAAAGGAUGCUAUAGUACCCAAGGUUGUGGCACAAACACAAAUGAUGUUCAAUUAAUCAAAGUUGAAGAUAAUAAGGAAGAAGAAGUGGAACUAGUACCAAGGGAACUAACUGAUGAAGAAAUGGAAUCUAGGGUUGUUGUUAAGGAUAUACUCAGGCUUCAAAAUCUUCAACCCAAGAAGCCCAAGGUUGCCUUCAUGUUCUUAACACAGGGUUCAUUGCCUUUUGAGAAACUAUGGCACAUGUUUUUUAGUGGUCAUGAAGGCAAAUUCUCUGUUUAUGUCCAUGCUUCAAGGGAAACACCAAUACAUUUCAGUAAUUAUUUUAUUGGUCGAGACAUUCAUAGUGAACCGGUAUCUUGGGGAAAAUUUUCAAUGGUUGAAGCAGAAAAAAGACUUUUGGGUAACGCACUUUUAGACCCUGAUAACCAACAUUUUGUCCUACUGUCAGAAAGCUGUGUACCUGUACGUCCCUUUCAAUUUGUUUACAAAUACUUAUUGUUUUCAAAUGUCAGCUUCCUUGACUGCUAUCUUGAUCUUGGUCCUCAUGGAAAUGGAAGAUAUAUAGAUUAUAUGAUGCCUGAAGUGGAGGAGAAGGAUUUUCGAAAAGGUUCACAGUGGUUCACAAUGAAGCGACAGCAUGCUCUAAUAGUUAUGGCAGACAACCUCUACCUUAGAAAAUUUAGGGACCAUUGCAGGCCAGGUAUGGAAGGAGGACGCAACUGCUAUUCUGAUGAGCAUUACUUUCCAACUUUUUUCCAUAUGAUUGAUCCAGGUGGAAUUUCAAAUUGGUCAGUUACCUAUGUUGAUUGGUCCGAAGGAAAAUGGCAUCCAAGGUCAUUCACUGCUGAGGAAGUUAAUAAUAGAUUCCUGGAAGCCUUAACAUCCAUUGAUGUAUGUCCACAUAUUACAAGUGAUGAAAAGAGAACAAUAAGGUUUACACCUUGCAUGUGGAAAGGAUCGAGACGACCAUGUUAUCUAUUUGCUAGGAAAUUUUUUCCUGAAACUCUUGAUAAUUUGGUGGCACUUUUCUCAAAUUACUCAACAUUAUUAUAGUGUUUGCAUCAUUCUUUGAUAACCAAUUCACAACCUUAUUACCUUAUAAUUAAGGUAUUAUGAAGCGCCACGUGUCAAAAGGUAAUUGGAUGAAGUUCUACAACAAGCUAAGGCCACACCACAAGUUAGUUCAUUAUUAUUCUAACAGUUUUCUUGGCCUCCGAUUGACACAAAUUGCUAUAAGGUGGAAAUUCAAGUGCAGUCAAUUUUAUGUGAAAUUGAUAGCUGAGAGUUUUUAGAUAAAAAUUUAGUUAAAUCAAUCAAAUCAUUUAACGACUCUCAACUAUCAACUUCACGUGAAGUUGACUACACCUGAGUUUUUACC